AAACAAGAUCAAGAUUCAAGAUCGACCAAUGAGUGAACCACGUGUCUGUGUUUACCUUCUGCCUGCACGCGCGCCUCACACACACCUCCACAUUUCCUUCAAUUCCCAUCCACUAGGAGCAGUUAGGAGCAUGGAGGAGGGCCAGGAGGAAAGAAUGGAGGAGGAGGAAGCCAUGGAGGGAGGCAGCGAGGAGGAGGGAGAGGAAGGAGGAGGAGGAAAAGGCGAAGGACUUGAGUGUGACUUCUCGGCUUAUAAACUUUUUCACGAAGGAAGUACAGGAGCCCCAUGCUUAAGUUUUGACAUCCUGCGGGACAGUCUUGGUGAGGACCGUACCUGUGACCGCCCUGUAACCCUGUACUUUGUGGCCGGGACGCAAGCGGCUCGGGUUCACCUCAACACUGUGCUGCUCAUGAAGGUCAGCCAGCUAUCCCGUCUGAAGGAGGGAGAGAGCGAGAGUGAGAGUGAAUUGGAGGAUGAGGAAGAUGAAGGAAGGGAGCCACAGAUCGCCUCGGCUGCCUUCAAGCAUAAUGGAGGGGUCAACAGGAUAAGGGCCACCACAAUCAACAAUGUACCAAUCGCAGCUGUCUGGUCAGAACUAGGUCAGGUCAGUGUCUGGGAGCUGACCCCACUACUGGAGGAGGUGGACGCGGGUCAUGUCGGGUCAGACCAAGGCAGAGAUGAGCCUCCUCUCUUCACAUUCCGAGGUCACAGGUCAGAAGGAUUUGCACUUGAUUGGUCACCUGUGAAACCUGGUACUUUAGCCACAGGGGACUGCCAGCGAGCUAUCUACAUCUGGCGACCACAGGAGGGGGCGCGGUGGCAGGUGGGAGGCGCCCCCCUGGCUGGCCAUACUGCAUCUGUGGAGGAUUUGCAGUGGUCACCGUCGGAAGCCAGCGUCCUUGCCUCUUGCUCUGUGGAUAGGAGUAUACGAGUGUGGGACGUGCGGGCCCCCCCAAACAAGGCCUGCAUGAUCACCAGUGACGCACACCCCACAGAUAUCAACGUCCUUCACUGGAACCACUGUGAACCAUUCCUGGCUUCGGGGGGUGACGAUGGGUGUGUGAGGGUGUGGGAUCUUCGGAACAUGCAGGGCGGUGGUGGUGCUGUGGCAGAGUUGAAGCACCACACAGCACCGGUCACCACAGUGGAAUGGCACAGCUCCGAGGGGUCUGUGUUGGCCAGCGGGGGGGAAGAUGAUGCCAUACUGCAGUGGGACCUGGCCGUGGAGAGGGAGGCACCAGAGGAGGAGGAGGAGGAAACGCCAGAGCAGCUGUUGUUUGUGCACCGGGGCCAGCAGGAGGUGAAGGAGCUGCACUGGCACCCUCAGAUCCCCGGCCUGGUUGUCUCCACCGCACACACUGGAUUCAAUGUGUUCAAGACCAUCAGCUGCUGAGGUCAGGAGGUCAAAG